CGGAUUCAGUGAAUUAACAGAAACGGAUGUUAAAGUCGAAGAACAUCUAUCGACCAGACAAGGCAAGAACAUUACGCUCUCUUUCGCUUUUGCAAUAGAAAACCCACUUUCCCAGAAACUUCACAAAUAGUUGGAAGAAGAUGAAACGACGAAGAAACCUUUAAAGUUGUCAUCUUUAAUUAAAUCCCGGAUCUGCUCUUCUCCUCUGGGUCUCUCUCUAUUUUUCACGUCUCCAAAAUUUCCGGUUCCCGAUCGGUGUGAUGUAUUGAGCCGUGGGAGAGAUGUUGUGCUGGGGCGGUUUAGUUAAGGGUAAGAAGAAAUCCGGUUCGGUUCCGGUUUAUCUGAAUGUCUACGAUCUGACUCCGAUGAAUGUUUAUGGUUACUGGCUUGGACUCGGUGUCUUUCAUUCUGGUGUCGAAAUUCAUGGAGUUGAAUAUGCAUUUGGAGCACAUGAAUCAUCGAGCACAGGUAUCUUUGAAGUGGAGCCAAAGAAGUGUCCAGGUUUCACGUUUAGGAAAUCGAUUCUCGUGGGUCAAACAGACAUGGGUGCAAAAGAAGUCCGAGUUUAUAUGGAGAAACUAGCUGAAGAGUAUCAAGGAAACAAGUACCAUCUCAUCACAAGAAACUGCAACCAUUUUUGCAAUGAAGUUUGUAUUAAACUUACUCAGAAACAAAUCCCUAGAUGGGUAAACCGACUUGCUCGCUUAGGGGUUCUUUGCAACUGUGUGUUACCACCGCGCUUGAACGAGGCAAAAGUGAGACGUGUAGGAGAAGGAGAGAAGAAGAAACAGAGAAACAGAUCAAGACCAGGUCCGUUGCUUUCUUCUUCUUCGUCAUCUUCGACACCUGAUAAUCAUAGAUCACAUAUUCGAGCUAAAUCAACCGGUAACAAUCCUUCUUCUUCGAGUUCUAAGAAGAAACAAAGACACUGUGCGCCUAUUGCAACUAGAGAUCAAGACCAGAAUUCGUCAAGCGUAAGCGUCAAGACUUGAUUCUUGUCCAUCAUCAUUUUGAACAUUUAAUUAUUGUUUAUGAAAAAGGACAAAAGAACAGAGGAAAAUGCCAAGCAAAGUAUCAAUCAAUACAUGGGCAUGCUCGUGCUUUGUUCUAAA